AUGCAGCAACGACCUGGAAUUCCUGACAGAGGCAGCAGCGAUCGAGAAGAUGCUGGAAAUCCGUACGAGGCAGUAGAACCGCCAAAUUCCUACGACGACCUACAGGAGGUUCAGGCGCUGCAAUAUGAUGACCAGCGUGACACCAUCAGACCCAUCGUGCGGGAGGUUCUGCGGGGUUCUCUAGCGGAAAUCGAGGAAGCUUUACAAGCGGCCUUGGACGAGACGGAGGCCUACCUCGCGGACACGGGUCUCAAGCUGUCUCUGAGCAUCCAGCCAUGCCCAAAGCCAAAAGACAGACGUCUCAACGACCUUCCAGCCCUGUCCAAAGCGCUCAAAGAACAAUCUGCGGGAAUCGGAGGCAAGAUUCCGCCGCAUCGACCGGAGACAAAGGGCGAAAAACAGUACGCCUGCGACGUGUGCGACAGGAAAUUCACACAGAAGCGUGACCUCGUGAUCCACAGUCGCGGGCACACGGGCGAGAAGCCCUUCGAGUGUUCGUUAUGCCCGGCUACGUUCGCCAGCAGCCAGUAUCGGAAAAAGCACAUGUUGACUCACACCGGCGACCGACUGCACGAGUGCAGCGUCUGCGGACGGAGAUUGGCCACGGAAACUAUCCUCGCGCGCCACGCCCUGACUCAUUCGGGCAAGAAGGCGUUCGCCUGCCACGUGUGCGGCCGAAAAUUUUCCCGGACAGACGCACUGAGGGUGCAUGCCCGCACGCACACCGGGGAGAAGCUGUACACCUGCCACCUGUGCCCCGCUUCGUUCGCGCACUUAGUCACGCUGAAAAACCACGUCGCAAGCCACACCGUCCGUGCACAAGUACAGACCAGGGUGGCCAAGCGCAAGCAGCAACUGCGCACCGAGGACCCGGCACCUUGCGAAGCCAUUCUAAAUCGCCAAGGGGAACGCAAGCGCCACUGCGGGGCGGAUGCCGCUAACCACGACGCCGAGCCACGGCCGGACUGGAAAGUCGGGCGAGAUUUCCGUCUCACGGCCUUCGCUGUCGAGUUGAAAGCUAUGGCGACGUAUCUCCGCGCUUAG